UAGUCACUAAUGCUAACUAGCUAUCUAGCUAACAUCCCAACCAUGAGCUCACAAAACGACUCCCCCACUUCUAAAGAUGGGAUGUGCUGGACGGAGAAAGAAAGUCUGGGGCUGAACAUUGUCGUGAAAGAGGAGAAGGAAGAAGAGGAUGUCACAGUAAAAAAAGAAGUAGAGAUUGAGGCUGUUACAGUGAAAGAAGAAGAGUUAGAAGUUAAAUUGACAGAAGAUGAAGACGCGUUCAGAGUGGAAGAGGAAGUUACAGUAAAAGAAGAGGAGAAAGAGGAGGUGGGGGAGAUGACUGUCACAGUGAAAGAAGAGGAAGACAUUUUUGGAAUGAAGGAAGUUGGGGAGAUAACUGUCACAUUGGAAGAGGAAGAAGAGGAGGAGACAGGAGAUCUGAUUAACAGCAGAGAGAGACCAGACUCUCAAUCUGAGAGCAGAAAGAGUCCUUCAGGGGAACCAGACCCCGAGACGCCCAAUCCAGCGAUGCGACACCACUGCUCCCAGUGUAAUAUGAGUUUUAAGUGGUUAUGGAAGCUGAAAGAGCAUGAAAGAAACACACAGGAGAAAAGCCCUUCCAAUGCUCCCAGUGUGGAAAUAAAUUCUCACGAGCACAUGACCUGAAAUCACAUGAGGACACACACAGGGGAAAAACCACACAAUUGCUCCCAGUGUGGAAAGCUUUUUUCCCAUUUAGGGAACCUGAACAAACAUAUGAGAAUACACUCUGGAGAGAAGCCUUACCCCUGUUCCCAUUGUGGAAAGAAUUUUAGGUCUUCAGAUAACUGAAAGCGCAUGAAAGGACACACACAGGGGAGAAACCUUACCAUUGCUCUCUUUGUGGAAAGGAUUUACCAAGUUAAGGAACCUAAAAAGAGCAUGAGAGGAAACACACAGGGUGAAAGCCUUACGAAUGCUCCCAGUGUGGUAAGAGUUUUUCCCAUAUAGGGAACCUGAACAAACAUAAAAGAAUACACUCUGGAGAAAAGCCUUACCCCUGUUCCCAUUGUGGAAAGAAUUUUAGGUCUUCAGAUAACCUGAAAGCGCAUGAAAGGACACACACAGGGGAGAACCUUACCAUUGUGCUCUGUGUGGAAAGGAUUUUUACCAAGUUAGGGAACCUAAAGAGCAGAGAGAAAACACACAGGAGAAAAGCCUUACCACUGCUCCCGUGUGGAGAGAGAUUUCAAGAUCACCAAACCUUAAAAGCACGAGAGGACACACACAGGAGAAAAGCCUUACCACUGCUCCAACUGUGGAAAGAUAUUUUCAACAUCAUCGGACCUAAAAAAGCACCAGAGGACACACACAAGGGAGAAAUCUUACCAUUGCUCUCAAUGUGGAAAUAGUUUUUUACGAUCACAUGACCUAAAAUCGCAUGAGCUGACACACACAGGAGAAAAACCACAUAGUUGCUCCCAGUGUGGAAAGUGUUUUUUGUAUUUAGGGAAC